UUAAGGUCUACACAAGCAAAGAUGGCGGUUCCCUCGGUCUCGCUAAAUACGCGAAAUAAAAAGCAUUUUUUAGGCGUACCGGCACCCUUGGGAUAUGUCGCUGGUGUUGGUAGAGGGGCAACUGGAUUUACAACGCGGUCUGAUAUCGGUCCCGCUCGAGACGCCAACGACGUUUCAGACGACAGACACGCUCCGCCUACAAAACGUGCGAAGAAGAAGGAGGAGGAGGAGGAAGACGAGGAGGACCUGAACGAUUCAAAUUACGACGAGUUCUCGGGAUAUGGGGGUUCUCUUUUUAGUAAGGAUCCCUACGAUAAAGAUGACGAAGAGGCAGACGCGAUCUACGAAGCUAUUGACAAACGAAUGGACGAGAAGCGCAAGGAGUACAGGGAGAAGCGCCUCAGGGAAGAAUUGGAGCGAUAUCGUCAGGAACGCCCCAAGAUUCAGCAGCAGUUCUCAGACUUGAAAAGAGAAUUGGUUAACGUAAGCGAGGACGAGUGGAAGAACGUGCCCGAGGUGGGAGACGCGAGAAAUCGCAAGCAGCGUAAUCCAAGGGCGGAGAAGUUCACCCCGCUGCCAGAUUCUGUACUGGCGAGGAACUUGGGCGGCGAGACCUCCACCAGCAUCGAUCCGUCUAGCGGCCUGGCCUCUAUGAUGCCAGGUGUCGCGACACCGGGCAUGUUGACUCCCACGGGGGAUCUUGAUCUCAGAAAGAUCGGACAGGCGAGAAACACAUUGAUGAACGUCAAGCUAAACCAGGUUUCCGAUUCUGUGGAAGGCCAAACGGUAGUUGAUCCAAAGGGAUACCUCACGGACUUGCAGAGCAUGAUACCUACUUACGGCGGUGACAUAAACGACAUAAAGAAAGCCAGAUUAUUGUUAAAAUCUGUCAGAGAGACUAAUCCGAAUCAUCCUCCUGCGUGGAUUGCGUCGGCGCGUCUGGAAGAGGUGACUGGAAAGGUUCAAGCGGCGAGAAAUUUAAUAAUGAAGGGAUGCGAGGUGAAUCCCACCUCCGAGGAUCUGUGGUUGGAGGCAGCUAGACUGCAACCGCCUGACACGGCGAAAGCAGUGAUAGCGCAAUCGGUACGUCACAUACCAACGUCCGUGAGAAUUUGGAUAAAGGCCGCGGACUUGGAGACGGAGGUGAAAGCGAAGCGGAGGGUGUACCGAAAGGCGCUGGAGCACAUCCCGAACUCGGUGCGACUGUGGAAAGCGGCCGUUGAGCUGGAGGAGCCCGAGGACGCGCGUAUCCUGCUCAGCCGUGCGGUCGAGUGCUGUCCGACGAGCGUGGACUUGUGGCUCGCCCUCGCCAGAUUGGAGACCUACGACAACGCGAGAAAAGUCUUGAACAAAGCCAGAGAGAAUAUUCCGACUGACAGACAAAUCUGGACUACCGCUGCCAAAUUGGAGGAGGCGAAUGGCAAUAAACACAUGGUGGAGAAGAUCAUCGAGCGUGCCAUAUCCUCGUUGAGCGCGAACGGGGUAGAGAUCAACAGGGAACAUUGGUUCAAGGAAGCUAUGGAAGCUGAAAAGGCGGGAGCGGUACAUUGUUGUCAAGUUAUCGUUAAAGCCAUUAUUGGUUUUGGAGUAGAAGAAGAGGACCGAAAACACACCUGGAUGGAGGAUGCGGAAACUUGCGCCCAACAAGGAGCCCUGGAAUGCGCCAGAGCUGUUUAUGCGUAUGCGUUAACGGCGUUUCCCAGUAAAAAAUCAAUUUGGCUGCGCGCCGCUUAUUUCGAAAAGACAUACGGCACGCGAGAAUCAUUGGAGACUUUAUUGCAAAGAGCGGUUGCCCAUUGUCCCAAGAGUGAAGUGCUCUGGCUGAUGGGUGCUAAAUCAAAGUGGCUGGCUGGCGAUGUACCGGCAGCUAGGGGUAUCUUGUCUCUUGCGUUUCAAGCUAAUCCAAAUUCCGAGGAGAUUUGGCUGGCGGCAGUGAAGCUCGAGUCUGAAAACUCAGAAUACGAGAGAGCGCGACGUUUAUUGGCAAAAGCCAGAGCGUCCGCUCCGACGCCCAGAGUGAUGAUGAAAAGCGCCAAAUUGGAGUGGGCCCUUGAUAAUCUUGACGCAGCGUUGCAUCUCUUGAAGGAAGCUCUCGAAGCCUUCGACGAUUUUCCUAAAUUGUGGCUAAUGAAAGGUCAAAUUGAGGAACAGCAGGGUUACUUGGACAAAGCGAUAGAUACAUAUAAUCAUGCGAUCAAAAAAUGUCCAAACUCAAUACCUCUGUGGCGUCUGCUUGCGCGAUUGGAGCACAAGAAGAACCAAGUGACUAAAGCGCGUUCGGUUUUGGAGAAAGCGAGACUUAAGAAUCCGAAAAAUGCUGAAUUGUGGCUAGAAGCUAUACGGAACGAAUUGAGAAAUGGUGGCGCGCGCGACAUGGCAAAUACACUGAUGGCUAAAGCAUUACAAGAAUGUUCGACGUCCGGUUUGCUCUGGGCGGAGGCAAUUUUUAUGGAGCCGCGACCUCAACGAAAAACUAAAAGUAUCGAUGCUACUAAAAAAUGCGAACAUGAUCCACACGUUCUUCUGGCGGUAUCAAAAUUAUUUUGGUGCGAACACAAGAUUUCAAAGUGUAGAGAUUGGUUCAAUAGAACGGUGAAGAUAGAUCCAGAUCUAGGAGAUGCGUGGGCAUAUUUUUACAAAUUUGAAUUGCUGAACGGCACGGAAGAGCAACAAGAAGAUGUAAAGAAGAGGUGCAUUGCCGCAGAACCUCAUCAUGGCGAAAAUUGGUGCAAGGUUUCCAAGGAUAUAGUAAAUUGGUGUCUGAGUACAGAUCAGAUCUUGGUACUAGUUGCAAGAGAGUUGCCCAUUCCGAUAUAAAGUAGAAAUUACGUAAAAAUGGCAUAAAUUAGAAUACAAAUAUCAUAAAUUUUUAGUAUAAUACAUCGUAUAUGUGUGUAAGUUUGUAAAUAAAACCGACAACUCUAA